AUGAAGAAAAUAAGAAUUUUGAAGUGUUUACAAUAUAUUUUGUUAUUGAUAAUUAUAAUAAAUUUAUCAUCCACAUGUUUGGUUAAUUCACAAGAAGAUUUAGCUGAAGAUGAUGAUGGCCAAACAAGAAGUCCAGCAGCACUUCAAGUUGUUGCGCAAAUGUUGUUCAAUCAACUUGCUAAUAUCACCCAUGUUUUUGAGCCUGAUAUCAAGAAACAUUUGGGCUUUUGCGUUAAAGAUGUGCAAGCUGAUUGGAAAUCGGCUUUUAACUUUUCCGAUGACCUUGGAUUUUUGACAUCCUGUAUGCAAAAAAUAAAAGAUGUUCCAAAAAGAGUAUGUAAUGCAGCAGAAAUAAAGAUUUACAUGUUAAGUGUAAUAGACGGAAGUCAAAAGAGUUCAAAUUACUUAAAGCCAAAUAAGAACUGUAAUUUGAGCUCUUGGAUUGAUGGGUGUGAACCUGGUUGGGCAUGCACUGUUCCGAAAGACAAUAAAGUUGAUAUGAAAAACUCUAAGGAUAUUCCUGAUCGAACCCAAGAAUGCAAACCUUGUUGUGCUGGUUUCUUUUGUCCUAAGGGUAUCACUUGCAUGAUUCCUUGUCCAUUAGGCUCAUAUUGUCCAGAAGCUACGCUCAAUAAAACAACAGGCAGAUGUGAACCGUAUACAUACCAAAUACCACCAGGAAAGCCUAAUCAUACUUGUGGAGGAGCUGACAUAUGGUCUGAUGUUAUAAAUUCUAAUGAAACCUUUUGCUCACCCGGAUCAUAUUGUCCAUCUACAAUAGAAGAACUUCCAUGUACUAUGGGGCAUUAUUGUAGAAAAGGUUCCACUCAACAAAAAAUGUGCUUCAAAUUAGCAAGUUGUGAUUCAAAAACUGAGAAUCAAAAUAUACAUGCCUACGGUAUAUUACUUAUUGCAACAUUAUGUACAAGCCUACUACUGGUGUACAAUUGUUCAGACCAAGUGCUAACAACUAGGGAAAGAAGACUAGCAAGAUCAAGAGAACGUGCAAUAAGAAGUGCAAAAGAAACAGCACAAGCUCGUGAAAGAUGGAAAGUAGCAAAAGAAAAUGCUAGAAAUCGUGCAAUUGGAUUACAACAACAAUUAUCACGUACAUUUUCGAAGAAAAAAUCUACAAGACAAGAAACAUUAAAAGGAUUUGGUGUAGCAAAACCAGGAACUAGUAAUGACAAUUUGGAUCCAAAAUCAAAGAAAAAAGGACAAACAAAUCUAUCUAAAAUGAUGCAAGAAAUUGAGGAUGACCCAGAUAAUAAUGAAGGAUUUAAUGUAGAAAUUGGGGAUAAACAUAUUAAAAAACAAUUUAAAGCUAAAGAAUUACAUACUAGAAGUCAAAUUUUUAAGUAUGCUUAUGGGCAACUUGAGAAAGAAAAGGCUAUGCAACAAGAAAAUAAGAACCUUACAUUUUCUGGGAUUAUUUCUAUGGCUACUGAUGCUGAAGUCAGAAAAAGGCCUUUGUUAGAAGUUUCUUUUAAGGACCUUACCCUUACUUUGAAGGGUAAGAAUAAAAAUUUGUUAAGGGGUAUUACUGGCAAACUUAUGCCUGGUAGAGUUUCUGCUGUUAUGGGUCCCUCAGGUGCUGGAAAAACUACUUUUCUUUCUGCAGUUACUGGGAAAGCUACUGGGUGUAAUGUAGCUGGUCAGAUUUUGAUUAAUGGGAAGAAUGAAUCUGUUCAUUCUUAUAAAAGGAUUAUUGGGUUUGUUCCACAAGAUGAUAUUGUGCAUGGGAAUCUUACUGUUGAAGAGAAUUUGAGAUUUAGUGCCAGAUGUAGGUUACCUGAUGACCUUCCAAAAGCAGAGAAGGUACUUGUUGUUGAAAGAGUCAUUGAAGCAUUAGGGUUACAGGCAAUAAGAGACUCUUUAGUUGGAACAGUUGAGAAAAGAGGAAUCUCUGGUGGACAAAGAAAAAGAGUUAAUGUAGGGUUAGAAAUGGUUAUGGAGCCUUCCUUAUUGAUUUUGGAUGAACCUACUUCUGGUUUGGAUAGUUCCUCUUCUCUUUUGCUUUUAAGAGCCCUUAGACGUGAAGCUCUUGAAGGAGUUAAUAUUUGUAUGGUCAUUCAUCAACCAAGUUAUGCACUAUUCAAAAUGUUCGAUGACUUCAUACUACUAGCAAAAGGAGGUCUAACAGUAUACCAUGGAUCAACCAAGAAAGUAGAAGAAUAUUUCACAGGAUUAGGAAUAACAGUACCAGAAAGAGUAACUCCUCCAGAUCAUUACAUUGACAUUCUAGAAGGAAUAAUAAAGUCAGGAUCAAAUGUUACAAGAGAACAACUACCAGUUAGAUGGAUGCUUCAUAAUGGUUAUCCUGUACCACCUGAUAUGUUACAUCUUUGUGAUGAAAUUUCUAACACUUCUCCAGAUAGUUCUGUUAAAUCUGCUGCUGAUAAACGUUUUGACAAAUCUUUUAUUGGUGAUCUUAUUCAAGAAAUUAAGUGUGCUGUUGCUAUGCGUAGGGAGCAUCUUAAGCAUAAUUUUUUAAGAAAACAGGAUUUGUCGAAUCGAAUUACUCCGGGAAUUCCGAGACAGUAUAGAUACUUUUUGGGAAGAGUUGGAAAGCAAAGACUACGUGAAGCAAAAUUGCAAGCAGUUGAUUAUUUAAUUCUUCUACUUGCUGGAGCUUGUUUAGGAUAUCUUGCCACAAAGAGUGAUGAAACAUUUGGUGCUCUUGGUUAUAACUACACUGUCAUUGCUGUAUCGCUUUUGUGCAAGAUUUCAGCUCUAAGAUCAUUUACACUAGACAGAUUACAGUAUUGGAGAGAAAGUUCAUCAGGAAUGAGCAGCUUAGCAUAUUUUAUGGCUAAAGAUACAACUGAUCUUUUCAACAUUCUUUUUAAGCCUUUGGUUUACCUCUCUGUUUUCUUCUUUCAAAGUAACCCACGAUCAACCUUCAUGGCCAAUUACAUUGUUUUGGUUUGUCUUGUUUAUUGUGUCACCGGAGUUGCUUAUGGUUUAGCUAUUCUACUUGAGACUGGCCCCGCUCAACUGUGGUGUGUGCUCCUUCCAGUAGUGUUAUCACUCAUUGCCAGUCAAAGAAAAGAAGACAAUGAACUCAUGUUUGAAGUAGGAAAAUUUACGUAUACAAAGUGGGCUUUAGAGGCUUUUGUCAUUGCAAAUGCUGAAAAGUAUGAUGGAGUAUGGCUAAUAACUCGUUGUGGUUCGUUGAUGCAAAGUGGAUAUGAUCUUGAUCAUUGGAGUCGAUGUCUAAUAUAUCUCAUUUUAAGUGGGAUAGCUAGUCGUUUAAUGGCUUUCAUUUUCAUGAUAGUAGUUCAAAAGAAAUGAAACCAUUAGCAAUUUUGUAAUAGGAUUGUACAAACAAAUUAAAUGUCACUUGUAAUUGUUAAUCACUCUUAAUUUUUUUUAACAAACUCCAAUUAGAAUUAAUAGAAUGAUUAGGUGUCAUUUUAUUUCAAAAUGAGAGAAUAAAUACAAGAGUAAUCUUGGAGAGUAAGGAAAUUAACUAUAAGGAUAAUCUUGGAGAGUAAGAAAACUAGUUAAUUACAAAAUAAUAACCAAAAUAUAAAGAUUUACAAGCUAUGUAUAAUAUUCUAUUCUAUUAGAUUUUUUUUAUAAUUAAAGUAGUUAAUGUAUUAUGUCUAACAUUGUAAUUUUUUAUGGUUAAUUAAUAGUUAAAUUAUUAUAGGAAAAUCGAUUACAAAUUAGAUUAUUUUGGAUAAUUUUUUAUUGUUAUUUGUUAGAUAGAAUU